AUAAUAUUUCAAAAGAAAACAUAUAUUUUUAUGAGUUCUCUAUUAAAAGUUAUUUUCCAUAAAUAAAAUAAACAUAUAUUAAUUAUAGAAAACUGCCAACCACUGACUUUCAGUAAAUGACACAAUCAUAGACCAAAAUGUGGCCUUGAGCAUAACCCGUUCAACCAAAUGAUUGAGAUAGUGACAAGUGUCCUCGGUUGGAAAUUAACUAUCGCACAAAUAUUCAAAAAUAUUUUAAUCGAAGAAGGCAGACGACAUUUUAAAGCAUCGCGAGACCCAGUCCUCAGAGAAGCUCCGCAGCCAACACAUCCCCAGUGUAUCAUAAACUCUGUAAACAUUCCCCCAAAAUUUGCAAAUACUUGAAAACUCGUCUUCGGAAUAUUUAAAAGCCCCUAUUUAUCAGCCCACCUUCAUCUGCACGAUAUUGGCAUAUAGAAAUUAUUCAGGAGUGUAUACUUCAGAAAUUAUGGGAAUUUUACCCAGUAAAACAAUUAUGCUCUUUGGCGCCUUUCAGUUCAUGCUGUUGUGGUUCGAUUUUCGAAUUAAACAAUUUCGAACGUACGAUGAGGCCAUCAGCACAGAAUUCUACGCUCUUGAUUUUAUCGGAAUGGCGAACAUCCAAGGAUACCAGGCAGAGUGGCACAACGUCACCACAGACGAUGGAUACCAUCUGACGUUGUUCAGAAUAUUGCCAAAUCCCAUAUCUCGCAAUGCCACUGAAAAAAGACGGGUAGUUUACAUGGCCCAUGGAUUGGGGGCUACAGCAGAUAUUUUUGUGAUAUUCGGACGCGGCAGGAGCAUAGCUUAUUCUUUCGCGGAUGCUGGGUACGACGUGUGGAUCGGAAAUUUUCGUGGGAAUUCUUACAGUCGCAAACAUGAGACUUUGUCACCCGAGGAUGAAGAAUUCUGGAAUUUUAGUAUGGACGAAUAUGCACUCAUGGAUCUUCCAGUGCUGCUGGACUACGUAUUCGAAGCGACAAAACAACCCAGAAUAACAUUUCUGGGUCACUCCCUGGGCACCACAACUGGCCUGAUGCUCCUCUCAGCGAAGCCAGAGUACAACGCCAAAUUGGACACACUGAUCCUGCUUGCCCCAGUGUCCUACUGGACCAGUCACAACCCCACGAGGACCUUCAUCUCCAGUUUGGCUCACUCCCUGAGGAUGAUGUCGCCCCGCGGAGCAUACGAGUUUCAACCACAGGCUGUUGUCCUCCCCAGAAUCAUCAAGCAUUUCUGUCUGAUCAAUGAUUUCACGAGGGAUCUGUGCUACAUCCCUUAUGAUCUCAUUCUUGGACCGAGUCGUCAGUUCAGAGUCGAUACUGAACCGGAAUUCUUCUGCUACUAUCCAGCUGGGAUAUCUGCGAAAACUUAUUAUCAUUAUAUCCAGCAUGUGGAUACUGGCACCUUUCGAAGAUACAAACACGAAACUGAGGCCUUAAAUCUCAAUGUUUACGGAAGUGAAGAACCACCCGAUUACAACGUGACGAACAUCGUCACUCCAACCGUGAUUUUCCACGCCCCAAAUGAUCCACUGUCGACAGCGGAUGAUGUCGAGACCCUAAUCAGUAGACUACCUAGUGAUACUCCAUUGGUUUACGAGAGAGUUGACAGCGAUGAGUUCAAUCACGGUGACUUCAUGCUCGCCAAGAACGCCGACAAGCUCGUGUACUCGAAAUUACUGAAAAUUUUGUCUCAGGCGGGAUUCAGUAAACUGUGAUCGCAAUUUUAUUUUAUUUAACUUAGUGCAUGCUUAUGUAUGUUUUAAGAAAUGCUCAGAGAGCAGUGAUAGAAGAGGUGAAAUGGUAGUUUUAAUGUUUCUACUUAUAUUAAUGCUGUUGAACGAUGUUCAUGUGAUCCAAGAGUGUCAGUGAUAAUUUUUUAAAAAUAAAAUUGCACAUUUUUUUGAAAGUUUUUGCCGAAUUGAAAACUGAAAUGAAAUCUCAAAAAAUUAUGAAAGACAGGAUGAUUAACGUGAUAAUCAUAUUUUUAUUCCAUUCAUCGACAUUAUCAUUUGAUCUUCGAACGAAGUACUUUCGGAGUGACAAUGAGGCCAAUGGGACCAGGUUCUACGCCCUCGACUUUUUGGGCCUGAUUGAGAAGCAUGGACGCAAGGUAGAAUGGCAUAAUGUUACCACUGAAGAUGGAUACAUCCUUUCGUUAUUUCGAAUCCCACCGAAUCCUUCGCAUCUCAAUGAAACAGUAAAAAGUCGUGCAUUUU